CGUUGUUUGCGCUUUGAUCAUGAAAGCGCUCAGAAGUGAUCAGCUCAAAGAACAAACUGCUGCAGGAAUACCUCAGUAGUUUAUGUACUAUAUGCUAUCCGGUUUCCGAAAGACAUAAUGGCUGAUACAGUUGCUAAAGUUUUGCAAUUGGGGCUCAGUGAAUCAGGACUUGCGGAUGCUGAUUUGCGUGUCGUUCGACAAUAUAUCGUGGGCACGAAGGCUGAAGGGUUCCUGACCGAAGAUCCCAAUUCACCUACGUCCUUGUCUGCGAUCUAUCCGAUUUUAUUGAAAUCACUUCUUCAGUCUCCAGGUUUAGGAGAUUAUCGAACGAUCGCUUGCGAUACGCUUUCUGUCUGGUUGCAGCGCACCAUUCAAUGUUGCUCCUUGUCUCCGAGCUUCGCUGAUUCCCUCAAAUCAUCCUCAUCCGCUGGCUCAGUUGAAGAUGCGGACGCUGUUUUUGACUUCGUAUGCAACUACUGGACCGACUCAGGGGCCGCUCUUGGGAACGCUCUUCGCGAACUAUUGACGAAAUUGAUCCUGUUUUUGGAAAAAAUAUGGACUCCAGAAGAAUAUCGGGAUCGCUUAGCGAAGUGGGCUGUUAUAAUACUCAGAUAUCCUCGCUCUAUGAGGGUGGUAUAUUUUACAAUCGAAAUUCUUGCCCGCCAACUUGGAGGAUCUGUCAUUAUGCAGUCUGAGCCGCGGCUAAUAAAAGAAUCGCUAUUACUCAUCUACAGCAAUGCACUCGCAAAUCCCAUUGGAAAAAUGAUCAACGCAAUUCUUACUACGAUCCUCAAGGAGAAGUUGGGCGCAGCUACAAAGUCAGCAGGACGAUCUUUGACAGCUAAUGAGGCACAGCAAGUAGAGAAUGACUGGCUUUCUCUAUGGAGCGAAGAUGUUAUUGAAGCUAUACGGAAUGACGACCUGAGACCGCACAUCCAGACAUAUCUGCUUCCGAAUCUUUUCAAAGCGUCCCCUUUCGGUUUCAAAAUAUUCAUCCAAAAGUUGCAGAGCGGAAAAUUCUCUCUGAGAUCUGAAAAAGAUAUCACGUUGUUGAUCGGCUGUCUUAAAAUUGGACAGGACUUGUCCAUUUUAGACUCUACGGAGAAUUCCUCAGCCGGCGGUCCCCCGAUCGUAUCGUCCGACUUUUUACGAACACUUCUGCAUCAUUCAUCAGACGAUCUUCGAAUUGGUGGUCUUUCUCUUGCUGUCUCGUCUCCACAAGCCUCGAAGCCUAUUUCGAGCACGAUUCUAAAGGUGCUCUUUGAGUCCAUGGAUGACUUGGUAUUAGAGUCAGAUCCAGAAUUUCGGAACCGGGUGUACGGUUUUCUUCGUCAAAUGGUUACCCGACUUCGUGAUUCCUCUUACGCCAUGAAAAGGGAGAGAGUCAAACUAGCAAAGAAGCCCAAAACUGAGCAAAGAAUUGCAGAACUGGAUGCAAAUAUUGAAUUUAACAAGAAAUUCCUCGAGAGGUAUUUGGCAUAUUUGCAGCAGCUGUUGCGUCCCGGAUCGUCAUACCAGAGGAUGCAUAUGAGCUUGAAACUGCUCCAAACUCUUAUUCGCUCUGGGCUCGAUAAUAGGGUCGAAAGCAAAUGGCAUGAGAAGAAUCACAUAGAUUUUACUUUCCAUGUCCCAGUUUAUUCCGCUAUCACUAUCAGACUAUUGCUGGAUAAUUUUGUCAACAACUAUGAAGACAUCAGAGAGACGUCUAGCACUUUGCUAAAGAUGGCUCCUCUCUCUGCACUAUUUGAGGGCAUCGAUGAUAUUGAAAUAGUUAGAGAGAUUGUUGACGGGUACGCAGACAAGGGAAUAUACAUGAUCUCCGGUCUCCGCGGUCGCGAAGGUGACGGAGGAGCUCGUAUUCUUGACUUCUGUUUCUAUCUGUAUAAGGAAAUUGGUGAUCACUCGUCGGCUGAUCUCGAAAUCCAGUUUUUGGAGUCGCUCGUGAGCAAAUUGGAAGAAGCUGUCAAGCAAGGAAAGGACAAUCUAUCUCUAGCCGUCAAAGAUUUUCCUCUGCAUGGCUACUUCACUAGUUUGAAGCUUAUUUUCGAACAGAUCGGUUUUGCAGAACCGUUGUCUUCUGAAAAGGAAUCACGGUUGACGAAGAUAUCUGAACGGAUACUCUCCGUAGUCCAUUCGAUGUGGGGAGUGGUCGAGAAGAUUCUUUGCCACGAUUCUCCCGAAGGAAACAUGCCUGAGGAAAUUGAGGAGAAUUACCUGGUCAGCUUGGAGGAAGUAUACGGACCUGCAACUCAAGUGAUCUUGAGCUAUGCCUGGCGUGCUAUAGGAGAGUCUAGCGGAUUGUUGACUGUUCUUCUCUCUGUCAUUCCUCUGGACUCUUCGAUUAUAGCGGCGGAGAACAUCUCCGAUCUUGGAGACUUGUUAUUGACCGAGCUAGCGACAAUCAGGCAUCGUGGAGCAUUUUCCUCUGUCUAUCCUACGUUUGUAGCUUGUUGUUCACGCUGCAAUCGGUCUAACGAUAUCGUGUUGCGUGAACUUCCAAAGAAAUGGCUGGAUGAUCAUAUGCAGCUUAUUCAAGAGAAGUCUCAGUAUAUUACCCGAAGAUCCGGCGGGCUUCCGUUUCUGGUAGCAGCAGUGUUGACCGCUGAGACGGAUGCCAGUAAGCGUCCGCUGCUGCAUGAAACGUUCACAAGACUUUCAACCAUCGCCAAGCUGCCGCCCACGAUUUCUGAUGAAACUGAAAAGAUGGACCUCCCUCAGGUGCACGCUCUAAAUUGCAUCAAAUCGAUAUUCGUUGAGACUCGCCUUUCAGCUGCCUCGGCUUUCUAUGUCGACCAGGCUCUCGCUAUGGCGAUCGAUGCGUUUGCUAGCAGCGUAUGGUCAAUUCGAAACUGCGGUGUCAUGCUUUUUGCUGCGUUACAGACUAGAUUGUUUGGCAGUCGAAAGUAUACAGACUCAAGACUGACGGUGGGAACGAUGUCUGCUCGCUUGUUCUUCAGCAGAUUUAAAGAUAUCAAAGGAGUGCUGUUGAAUCAUCUGCAGGAGCAUGUGGAUCACUUAGACGGGGGAAGCGCACAGACACAUAUUGAGACUGUUUAUCCGGUUUUAUCACUUCUAUCGCGCUUGGAAAGUACUGACGGCUAUGAUGGACUUGACGCUUUUGCGCCCUACAUCAUGAAAUGCUUGUCCAGCCGGAUCUGGAAGAUUCGCGAAAUGGCAGCACGCGCCGUGCAAGCCUUGAUUAGCUACGAUGCAUGGGAGACCUCGUUUUGCCGUUUUCUAUCGGAGGUGGACGUCAGGACCGACAAUAACGGAUCGCAUGGUCGUCUGUUAGCUUUGGAGUCAUUGCUCGCAGGGCUAGCAGCAAGAGCUAGUCAACCUCCUAUCCCAAAAGCUGCGCUUGACUUGCUGGUCGAGCGAUUCGACGAAAUCUCCUCGUGUGAGUGUGCACCUGUCGCGUUGACUUUCUUGAGAGUGGUCAAAGCCGCUUGUGAGCAUGCUAGGGUGGAUGAGGACGACGAAGGAAGCCUAGAAGAGCUUCAGGAGAAGCUCAAUGAGUAUCUUGACGAUAACGACUACUCACAGAGCAUUCCGCAUCCUGGAUCAAGAAUGUUGCAGGGGCAAAAGACUACUUACUAUAUCGGCAAGAUAGUGGACGAUUUGGUGGAAGGUGAGAUUGCGGAAAACUCUGCUGUCAAGCAGAUCAUGUCGUGCUUGAAUUCAGUGGAAUAUGACGUGCAGUUAGCGGCGCUGAAGGUCUUGCUAGCUGGAAAGUUCCUCUCUAAGGAUUCCGAGAUUUCUGGUACCGUGUACGUCAAGCUGUUACCGGAGGUGUGGCAGUGGAUAUCCGACAAAGAUGAGACUGAAGACGAUAGCAGCAGUGGCUUGUGGAGUCAGCUCAAGGCACCGGCGAUCAGACUGUUCAGCGCAGUGCGUGAACUUGCAGAAGAAUCAAAGAGUACUAAGAAGAAGGCUACUAAGAAGACAGGACUUCCAUCGGCUGAUACAAUUUGGCAAUGGAUCUUCAAGGCAAUUGAGAGCGAUGUUGAGGACUCCAAUUCAGUAUCGGAGGCUUCUCUGGAAGCUCUAGGGACUCUUUCGGUUUCUCUUGCAGAUAACGAGGGAGUAUUCGAGAAAUGGUACCUGCAGGUUGUCCAGUUUAGCGACGACAAUUCGCCUUUCUCGAACCGCAACUCAGCCCUGAAGUCUCUGAUCAAUUUUGUGGAGGGUAUGAGCAUAAAGUAUAGUGAAGGAUUGCCAGAAGAGAAUAUCAACGGCGACGAUGGAGAGCCAGACCUCUCUCCCACUUAUCAGCUUAGAACUACGCUGAUGCAUUUGCACGACUUCCUCAAUGACGAUGAUGACGAACUUCGCGAGAUUGCGACCAAAUAUAUCUGCUGCUCUCCAUAUCUGCUUAACACGCCUCACGUGAUGACUACGAUUCAGACAAGCCGAAUGUUUGCUAAUUAUAUUGUGGACAAAUUCAGUGCGACAGCUGAGGGCUCGGUCCUAGCCGCUGCUCUGGCCCGCAGACUUGUGAGCGGCUCGCAGGCACGUUCAACCCUGUCUUCGGCUGAGCAGUAUAUGCUUGAUGGUGCGGAGGCUGUUGAGCAAUUUUAUGAAGCGACGCAGGAGGAGACGGCCCUUUUCGUGAUUGAGAAGCAAAACCUGUACAGAAACGAAGUCUCUGAAUGCGAACUCUGGGCGUACAUGUUUACGAGGUUGGCCAGGUCUAGGAAUGGAGAGGUCGGACAAAUGAAAGGUCUGGUUGUGCGUGCCAUGAUGCAUUAUCUGUAUGUGUGGGUAAUGACAGCAUGUGGCGCUGACAUGGGACCUCAGAAAAAGGACGCAGAACAAGGUUCCGAGACUGCAGAAUUGGAGGACAUGCCCAGUUUGGUUGAGGCUAUCAAAGAAAUGGGGAUGGAUGGUCCUCUGGGCUGGAGUUGUAGGAUGGACACUGUGUUUUUGAUUGGCAGACGCAUUGAAGCGAUAUGCAAGGUGCUUAUGGUGUCAGGCGAAGGAGUGCUACAGACAGGCAAAAUUGAAGAAGCCCUGCGAGGUCUAAGAGGAGUGGCAGAGGAACUGGAUCUGCAUCCUCUCUGGCUUGAGUGAAAGGCCGUUUGUAA